AAUUCCUCCUACGCCAUCGAUGCCAGUCACCGGCACUGUGCUCCACCAGAACAAGAGAGGAAGUCGGAGGGUCUCUCAUAGACUCUCUCUCUCCAAAGAAAAAGUGUAGUUCAUGGCUUCUACCGCAACUCGGCCCACCCUUCGUUUCUCUCUCAAACCUUCCACAGACUCCUGUGUCUCCCGCACUGAUACAUCUUAUCUGUUUCUCCGGUGCCGGAAUCAUACUGUGAGACAUCCGUUGCUUUCCUCUGGUUUGGUGGGGACGAAUCGAAUCAUCGACCCUGUCUUGAAAUACGAUCGAACUCGAUCCACGGUAUCGGCGACGGCGAGUCCAGCUGAGACAAUGGAGCAGUCGGCCGUGAAAACAAACUCUAAAGUUUCGACGAUUGUUGAUGUCCAUUUAGGGGAUCGAAGUUAUUCAAUAUAUAUUGGUGCCGGACUUUUUGAUGAACCCGAUCUUCUUCAGAUGCAUGUUCAUGGGAAGAGAGUUCUUGUGGUCACCAACACUAUCAUUGCACCAUUGUACCUUGAUAAAGUUAUCAAUGCUUUAACUUAUGGAAACUCAAACAUUUCUGUUGAUAGUGUGAUUUUACCAGAUGGUGAGAAGUACAAGGACAUGGAAACUCUUAUGAAGAUUUUUGACAAGGCCAUUGAGUCGCGGUUGGAUCGACGCUGUACAUUUGUUGCCCUUGGAGGUGGCGUGAUUGGUGAUAUGUGUGGGUUUGCUGCUGCUGCUUUUCUGCGUGGUGUAAAUUUCAUCCAGAUUCCAACAACUCUAAUGGCACAGGUAGAUUCUUCAGUGGGUGGCAAAACUGGAAUAAACCACCGACUGGGGAAGAACUUGAUCGGUGCUUUCUAUCAGCCUCAGUGUGUGCUUAUAGAUACAGACACGUUAAACACAUUACCUGAUAGGGAAUUAGCUUCAGGUCUUGCUGAAGUCGUUAAGUAUGGGCUUAUUAGGGAUGCAGAGUUUUUUGAAUGGCAAGAGAAGAAUAUGAAGGCAUUAUUAGCAAGGGACCCAAGUGCACUUGCUUAUGCUAUCAAGCGAUCUUGUGAAAACAAGGCUGAAGUUGUCUCCUUAGAUGAGAAGGAAAGUGGACUGAGGGCAACAUUGAACUUGGGUCAUACGUUUGGUCAUGCAAUAGAAACUGGUUUUGGCUAUGGACAGUGGCUUCAUGGAGAAGCCGUUGCAGCUGGCACGGUCAUGGCUGUGGACAUGUCAUAUCGCCUUGGCUGGAUUGAUGAAUCAAUAGUAAAGCGGGCCUGUAAUAUUUUGCAACAGGCGAAGCUACCCACUGCCCCACCUGAAGUUAUGACUAUGGAGAUGUUCAAAUCUUACAUGGCGGUUGAUAAGAAAGUUGCCGAUGGACUACUUAGGCUUAUCCUCUUGAAAGGUUCUCUGGGUAACUGCGUUUUUACUGGAGACUAUGAUAGGAAAGCCCUAGAUGAAACUCUACAUGCAUUUUGCAAGUCUUGAUGUCAGACUGCCCAAGAUAUCCCUAGCCAUAUUUGCUUCACGUCUGUUACAAGGUUGCUAUUUGCCAACAUUCAGUUGGGAUAGCCUCUGCCUUUGCCCUUCAACUAUGCCCUUGGGAGAAGCCUUAACAGAAUUUUGUUGGCUGCGGUAGGGCAGUGUCUUCGAGAUUUUACAGUUAAGCUUGCUGAUUUGUAUGUAAUGCUAAGGCAUGGGUACAUAUGAGUAACGAAUUUAUCUCCAACUUAAAUGCUACUAUAGUUUCUUCA